AUGGCUACCCAAGCCCUUUCGUCAUACACCGCGGGAAAGUACAGCGAGGCCCUCUCCCACCUCUCUAGCCUCUCGGUUGCACCAGGGAGCAGCGGCGACGCCGGCGGGUCUUCCUCCGACGCCUCCAAUGACUUCCGGGCCCAGCACAACCUCGCCCUGAGCGAGCACGGCGCCCGCGGCUUCGCCGACCCGGCCAAGCUCGAGUCCACGCUCCGCGCCAUCCACUCCCGCCUGGCCAGAGCAAGCGCUGGCGGCGACGGCAGCAACAACAACUCGGACGACGAGGACGACGACGCCUCGGACCAGGAGCAAGCCAACGCUUCCAGGCGAAGCAGCCGCGCCUUGACCGGGACGCUUGUGGUGGGUACCUCCGGCGGGGCCAGGGCGGCUGCGACGGCGGCUGCCGGGCUGGCCGAGCUCGACGUCGACGCCUCCGUCCUCCUCUACAACCUGAGCGCGCUCCGCUUCCAGCAGAAGCAGUACGGGGCCGCCCAGGCAGUGCUGGAGCGGCUGUUCCUGCACAUGGAGCCCCUGGACGAUAGCCUCGCGAUCCACAUCUGCCUGCUGCUGCUGGACGUGUUGUGCCACUCGGCCAGGGGCAACCUCCACACAGAGGACAACCUCAGGAGGUUCUCGGCGCAGACGGCGGCGGUACUGGCGUUCCUGGAGCGGCCCCACGCGCUCAACUCUUCGGGCGGUGGCGGCGAUAGUGGCGGUGGCGGUGACUCGGGGCGGCAGCAGCAGGAUGACACCGGCAGCGGCGGCUCGGCGGAGCAGACGGAGUUUGCGUUCCGGCUUCACCUGUACAAGGCCAAGGUUUUGCUGCUGCAGGAGCAGACCAAGACGUCCAAGAAGGAGAUCAAGAGCGCACUGGAGAUCUUCCAACGGGAGCUGAGGGGGUCUGGCGAUGCGGCCAGCGGGGGGGGGGCAGGGGGCGCCGGCGGCCAGCAGCAGCAGCAGCAGCAGCAGGGGACCUUCUCCCCUGUACCCCCUGCCGGUGUCCAGAACAUGGCUGCGCUGUACCUCAAGGCAAACCUGGAGUACCUGCGGGAUAACCACCGGAAGGCUCUCAAGUUGCUGGCGUCGUGCCACGGGUUUCAGGGUGCCGAGGAGUACUCGGGGCCCGGGGAGGCGGUUGGUCCUCCCUACUUCAACAAUAUGGGCUGCUUGCAUCAUAAGCUGAAGCGGCACCAUGUGGCCCUUCACUACUUCCAGAAGGCGCUGGAGGCGUUGGGCAAGGGCGGGGAAGCGGGGGCGGAUGUUGGUGGCGAGGCGGCGGCGGCAGGGCGGGGCGGUGGGAAGGACGGUCAUGUGUCACCCGCUCCAACGUGUGAGGUGUUGUAUAACACCGGUCUACAGCUCUUGCUCACCGAGAAGCCCGAGGAGGCCCUGCGUUGCUUCGAGCGCGCGGCGCUGCUGUUCCACAACCGCCCCCACCUAUGGCUCCGGAUGGCGGAGUGCAGCAUCGCCCGACACCGCCUCAGCAGCAACGGCGUCGGCAACAGCGGCUCCCCGUUCACCACCACGAGCCCAGUCGGGUCGAAACCAUCGUCAGCUACCGGCGCUGCCGCGGGGCCAGAUGCUGCGGCGGGGGGGAGGGGGCCGCUUCCUUGGACCCCCGUGGGAAAAGGCCAACACCGACGCGUGCUGCUACCUCGGAACUCCUCUGGAGGCGUUGCCGCCGGCAGCGGUGGCAGCGGUGACUCAGCCAGGCGAGACAGAGACGGUGCUAUCCCCGCUCUUGACGAGGACGGCGCCGCCGCGGGCGGCGGCAGCGGCGGCGCGCCGGAGAGCAGCAACGGGGGCUCAGCAACGGCGCCGGGGGGGGGGAGGUCGGCGACGGCGGGGAAGAGAGGAAGGAGCACGGCAGGAGGAGGAGGAGGAGCAGUUGGAGGAGGUUGCUCUCUGGCCCACGCUAGCCGGUGUUUGCACAACGUGCUGUACCUGUGUGCGGCGCGUAAGCAGGGCGUAAAGAAAGCGGCCGCAGCGGGAGCAGCAGGCCUCCUAGGGGGACAACCGAGUGUCCUCGGCAUGUCCACGCGGCUGGUGGCGAAGGGGCUGGCUCCCAGCAACAACGCGGAGGGUGGGCACAGCAGCAACAACGCGGACGGUGGAGGAGGGGGGGCGGCGACGCCGGCGGGAGAUGGCGACAGCGUGAUGGCGGAGGAGCUCUACCGGGUGGCGCUUGCUGACCUCGCGUACGUCCACCUGGGGCUCGACGACCCGGUCUCGGCGCUAACCUACGCGGGGCGCUUGCUCGAGACAAAUCCCUCCGCCGUCAGCACGCAUCUCGCCCACCUCUACGCCGCGGAGGCCUUGUGUCUACUAGGCCGCCCGGCAGAAGCCCUGGAGCACCUCUCGCCUAUCUCCGAAAACGCCUGCAGCGCCGCCGCCGCCGCCUCCGCAUCCACGACCGCCACAGACGCAUGGUCGAGCUCUGCAAGCGCUGCUGCUGCUGCUGCGGCGACAGCAGCGGCAGCGGCGGGAGGGGCGCCAAAGACCCCUGCGGCCGGAGGAGUUGGUGGAGGGGGCGGGGUUGUUCUGUCUCCGAAGGCAGCGGAGGAGGCUCGGGCGUCUCUCCACGCUAACCUUGCUGUGGUGCACGCUCUGUCGGGGAGCCUUGGUCAGGCGGAGCGGUGUGCGAGGACGGCGAUGGGGAUAUGUCCUGGCAGUGGAGCGGUGCUUAGGACCGCGGUGUACGUGCUGGUGCGGCAGGGGAACAUCGCGGAGGCCCUCCAGGUUUUAAAAGAGGGCCGAUUGAGCCACAAAUAGAGGUUAGGUGGGAUGGUGAAGAGGAGCCCCUGCGCGGGCGCUUUGCUGUGGUUAUUAUCGGGUGCUUCACAAAGAAUCAAGGGCGUAAGAUCUUGAGCCUUGCUUGCCCCUGAGUAACGGGGGACGACGUUUUGACGGGAUUUUUUAGGGGGAGGUAUGAUUACCCCCGUCACGAAGGAAGGUGCCCUGGGGGAAGAGGCACACCCCGCCUCCUUGUUUUCGAGGGUGUUUCCGAGAGCUGCUAUUUGGUGGGUUGAUUUCUUGAUUCAUGACGGGGAGACGGAUGAGGAGAAGCGUGAGACACUUCGACUACUUGACUGACCACAGCCCCAGCUCCGAGCGAGAGGGGGGAAGUGGCCUGAAUAUGUGUGAGUGUGCGUUGGGAGAAAAUCCUACCGUCUUGACCGGCGUGGCGCUUUCCUGGUGUCAUGCAUAGCGUGGUAUGCGUUGAUGCUUGCGGUGUCGUUGGGCAAAGGGCAAGGAUAGAUAAAGCGACGUGGGGCCCCAUUUUGCGAUUUUGUUAUCGGGCUUGUAAGCUCGAUCGAAAUCGUCAUGUGGGGUUGUGUGCAUACGUUAGGGGAACGGUCUGUGUCAGCUCGCUCUGCUGUCUGUCGAGUUUUCCCGUUAUUCUUUCUGCAGUUGUUGGCUUAUGAAGAUGAUACUUUUUGAGGUCUACAACAAGCGGCUAGAUGUUCAGCACAAGACUGACGGCCGAACUAUGGUGGCUGGGUGUGCACUCAAUGUAACUCGUGGCAUGUUUGUUGUUGUCACGUCAAGAAUGUUGGAAGUACGGCGACCAAGCCUCCUCAUGUCGUUGUGAACCUCACGACCAAUUCGAGGAAUUUUAUGGGUUUCAGUUUCUGUUGCGACGUUGCGACUAAACAUUACAAGUGCUUCCUGGGUA